AUGUGCAUAUAUGGGACUAGAGGAAAUUCCGGAAGAAAGCCAUCCCAAAAGAAACAUAAGAGUGAAACGAGAGGGGUUAACGAAGAAGUCAUCGGUGUUGGUCAUAAAAACGGCGAUAUCUUAAAUGCGUCUUCAUUUAAGGACCCCCAGGACUCUCUUGACACUUCAGAAUUUCCCAUACCCGAAAGUGAUCCUAUGCAUGAUAAUUCUAGAAACAUUGCGAUUCGUAUUGGUGAUGUCACCGAUUUUGACCCUGUUGAUGUUGCGAUAGAGAAUGAUGUUGACUGUUUUGAUAGAACUGAAAUCAGUUCUAUGGACAACAACACUACGAUUGAUCUUAAUGAUGUCUCUGAAAGUGACUACAUUGAAAUCGCCC